GGUGAUGUGAACGCAUUCUACACAUUGGUAGUGGAUGAGGUGAACGCAUUCUACACAUUGGUAGUGGAUGAGGUGAACGCAUUCUACACAUUGGUAGUGGAUGAGGUGAACGCAUUCUACACAUUGGUAGUGGAUGAGGUGAACGCAUUCUACACAUUGGUAGUGGAUGAGGUGAACGCAUUCUACACAUUGGUAGUGGAUGAGUGAACGCAUUCUACACAUUGGUAGUGGAUGAGGUGAACGCAUUCUACACCUUGGUAGUGGGAUGAGGUAACUCAUUCUACACAUUGGUUGGAAUGAGGUGAACGCGUCUACACCAUUGGUAGUGGAAGGAGGUGAACGCAUUCCUUACACAUUGGGUCGUGGAUGAGGUGAACGCAUUCCACAUUGUAGUGGAUGAGGUGAAUGCUUCACACAUGGUAGUGGAUGAGGUAACGCAUUCCUACACAUUGGUAGUGGAUGAGGUAACGCAUUCUACACAUUUCUACAGCAUUUGGUGUGAUGAGGUGACGCAUUCUACACAUUGUAGUGGAUUGAGGUGAACGCAUUCCUACACAUUGUAGUGGAAUAGGUGAACGCAUUCAACACAUUGGUAGUGGAUGAGGUGAACGCAUUCUACACAUUGGUAGUGGAUGAGGUGAAUGCCUUCUACACUUGGUAGUUGAUGAGGUGAACCAUUCUAACACUUGGUUAGUGUGAUGAGGGUGACGCAUUCUACCCUUGGUAGUGGUAGGUGAACAGCAUUCUACACAUUGGUCGUGGAUGAGGUGACCAUUCUACACAUGGAGUGGAUGAUGUGAACUCCUUCUUACAACAUGUAGUGGAUGAGGUGAACGCUUCCUACACAUUGGUAGUGGAUGAGGUGCCGCAUUCUGACACAUUGUAGUGGAUGAGGGUGACCAGUCUACACAUUGGAGUGGUGAGGUGAACGCAUUUACACAUUGGUAGUGGAUGAGGUGAAUGCAUUCUCACAUUGGUAGUGGAUGAGGUGAACGCAUUCCUAACAUUGGUAGUGGUGAGGUGAACCCCCCCCCCCAAUUCUACACAUUGGUAGUGGAUGAUGUGACGCAUCUCCCAUUGGUAGUGGAUGAGGUUAACGCAUUCUACACAUUGGGUAGUGGAUGAGGGUGAAUGCAUUCUACACUUGGUAGUGAUAGGUGAAACGCUUCUACACAUUGGUAGGGAUGAGGAAACGCAUUCUACACAUGGUAUGGAUGGGGAUGCAUUCUACACAUUGGUAGUGGAUGAGGUGAACGCAUUCUACACAUUGGUAGUGGAUGAGGUGAACGCAUUCUACACAUUGGUAGUGGAUGAGGUGAACGCAUUCAACACAUUGGUAGUGGAUGAGGUGAAUGCAUUCUACACAUUGGUAGUGGAUGAGGUGAACGCAUUCUACACAUUGGUAGUGGAUGAGGUGAACGCAUUCUACACAUUUCUACACAUUGGUAGUGGAUGAGGUGAAUGCAUUCUACACAUUGGUAGUGGAUGAGGUGAACGCAUUCUACAGCAUUGUAGUGGAUGAGGUGAAACGCAUCUACACAUUGGUAGUGUGAGGUGAACGCAUUCUACACAUUGGUAGUGGAUGAGGUGCACGCCUUCCUACACAAUUGUUUAGUGGAUGAGGUGAACGCAUUCUACACAUUGGUAGUGGAUGAGGUGAACCAUUCUACCCAUUGUAGUGGAUGAGGUGAACGCAUUCUACACAUGGGUAUGUGGGAUGAGUGAACGCAUUCUACACAUUGGUAAUGGAUGAGGUGCGCAUUCUACACAUUGGUAGUGGAUUAGGUGAACGCAUUCUACACAUGGUAGUGGAUGAUGUGCACGCAUUCUACAGCAUUGGUAUGGAUGAUGUGAACGCAUUCUACACAUUGGUGUGGAUGAGGUGAACGCAUUCAACACAUUGUAGUGAUGAGGUGAAUGCAUUCUACCAUUGGUAGUGGAGAGGUGACGCAUUCUACACAUUGGUAGUGGAAUGAGGUGAACGCAUUCUACACAUUUCUACACCUUGGUAGUGGAUGGGUGAACGCAUUCUACACAUUGGUAGUGGAUUAGGGAACGCAUUCUACACAUUGGUAGUGGAUGAGGUGAACGCAUUAAACCAUUGGUAGUGGAUGAGGUGAACGCAUUCUACCCUUGGUAGUGGAUGAGUGAAUGCCUUCUACACAUGGUAGUGGAUGAGGUGAACUCAUUCUACCAUUGGUAGGGGUGAGGUGAACGCAUUCUACACAUUGGUAGUGUUGAGGUGAACGCAUCACAGUCUACACAUUGGUAGUGGAUGAGGUGAACGCAUUCUACAUUGGUAGUGGUGAGGUGAACGCCUCUACACAUUUGUAUUGAAUGAGGUGAACGCAUGCUACACAUUGGUAGUGGAUGAUUGAACGCAUUUACACAUUGGUAGUGGAUGAGGUGAACGUCAUUCUCACACAUUGGUAGUGGAAUUUGAGGUGACGCAUUCUACACAUUGGUAAGUGUAUGAAGGUGAAUGCUUCUAACAUUGGUAGUGGUGAGUGAACGCAUUCUACCAUUGGUAUGGAUGAGGUGAACGCAUUCUACACAUUGGUAGUGGAUAGGUGAACGCAUUCUACACGUGGUAAUGGAUAGGUGAACGCUUCUUAACACAUUGGUAGUGGAUGAGGUUAAUGCAAUUUCUACCAUUGGUAGUGGAUGAGUGAACGCAUUCCUACACAUUGGUAGUGGAUGAGGAGAACGCAUUCUACAACACAUGGUAGUGGAUGAGGGGAAUGCAUUCUACCUUGGUAGUGGAAUAAGGUGAACGCAUUCUACAAUUGGUAGUGGAUGAGGUGAACGCAUUCUACACAUUGGUAGGGGAUGAGGUGAACGCAUUCAACACAUUGUAGUGGAUGAGGUUGAAUGCAUUCUACCAUUGUAGUGGAUGAAGGUGAACGCAUUCUACACAUGGUACGUGAUUAGGUUUGACCGCAGUCUACACAUUUCUGACACAUGGUAGUGGAUGAGGUGAAUGCAUUCUACCACAUUGGUAGUGGAUUAGGUGAAUCGCAUUCUACCAUUGUAUGGAUGAGGUGAACGCUUCUACACUUGGUAGUGGAUGAGGGACGCAUUCUACACUUGGUAGUGGAUGAGGUGAACGAUUCAACACAUUGGUAGUGGAUGAGGUGAACCGCAUUCUACACAUUGGUAGUGAUGAGGUGACGCAUUCUACACAUUGGUAGUGGAUGAGGUGAACCAUUCUACAAUGGUAUGGAUGGGUGAACGCAUUCACACUUGGUAGUGGAUGAGGUAACGCAUUCUACACAUUGGAGUGGAUGAGGUGAACUCAUUCUACACAUUUGGGUAGUGGAUGAGGUGAACGCAUUCUACACAUUGGUAGUGGAUGAGGUGACGCAUUCUACACAUUGGUAGUGGAUGGGUGAUACGCAUUCAACACAUUGGUAUUGGAUGAGGUGAAUGCAUUCUACACUUGGUAGUGGAUGAGGUGAACGCAUUCUACACUUGGUAGUGGUAUGCGGUGAACGCAUCUACACAUUUCUACACCUUGGUAAUGGAGAGGUGAACGCAUGUCUACCCAUUGGUAGUGGAUGAAGUUGAACGCAUUCUACACAUUGGUAUGUGAUGAGGUGAACGCAUAAACACAUUGGUAGUGGAUGAGUGAACGCAUUCUACACAUUGGUAGUGGCUGAGGUGAAUGCCUCUACACAUUGGUAUUGGAUUAGUGACGCCUUCUACACAUUGGUAGUGAUGAGGUGAACGCAUUCUACACAUUGGUAGUGGAUGGGUGAACGCAUUCUACACAUUGGUAGUGGAGAGGUGAACGCAUUCACACCUUGGUGUGGAUGAGGGUGAACGCAAUUCUACACAUUGUAUUGGAUGAGGUGAACGCAUUCUACACAUUGGUAGAUGAUGAGGUGAACGCAUUCUCACAUUGGUAGUGGAUGAGGUGAACGCAUUCUACCACAUUGGGGUAGUGGAUGAGGUUAACGGCAUUCUACACAUUGGUAGUGGAUGAGGGAAUGCAUCUACACAUUGGUAGUGGAUGAGGUGAACGCAUUCUACACAUUGGUAGUGGAUGAGGUGAACGCAUUCUACACAUUGGUAGUGGAUGAGGUGAACGCAUUCUACACAUUGGUAGUGGAUGAGGUGAACGCAUUCAACACAUUGGUAGUGGAUGACACAAUUGGUAGUGGAUGAGGGAACGCAUUUCUACACAUUGGUAUGGAUGAGGGUACGCAUUCUAACCAUAGGUAGUGGAUGAGGUGAACGCAUGCUACACAUUGGUAGUGGAUGAGGUGAAUGCAUUCCACCCAUUGGUAGUGGAUGGAGGUGACGCAUUCUCACACAUUGGUAGUGGAUGAGGUGAACGCAUUCUACACAUUGUAGUGGAUGAGGUGAAACGCAUUCUACACAUUGGUAGUGGAUGAGGUGAACGCAUUUCUACAUCAUUGGUAGUGGAUGAGGUGACCGCCUUUCUACACAUUGGUUGGAUGAGGUGAACGCCUUCUACACAUUGGUAGUGGAUGGGUGAACCAUUCUCACAUUGGUAGUGGAUGAGGUGAACGCAUUCUACACAUUGGUAGUGGAUGAGGUGAACGCAUUCUACACAUUGGUAGUGGAUGAGGUGAACGCAUUCUACACAUUGGUAGUGGAUGAGGUGAACGCAUUCUACACAUUGGUAGUGGAUGAGGUGAACGGCAUGCUACACUUGGUAGUGGAUGAGGUAACGCAUUCUACACAUUGGUAGUGUAUGAAGGUGAACGCAUUCUACACAUUGGUAGUGGAUGAGGUGAACGCAUUCUACACAUUGGUAGUGGAUGAGGUGAGUUUCCCCCUUACAGCUUAAUGUAUUCAUGUAAUGGUGUAACUCCUGCAUUGUAAUGUCCCUUGAGAAGACAGAGAGAGUAUACUCUAAUGGGUUACUCUUCCUUAAUUCUCUACCAUUCAACAUUGUGGGUAAUGUGAUUGGUAGUGGAGUCGGUGAGUUCCAGUCUAAAUGAUAUAAAGGCCAAUGAAAAAGUGUUAUAUAUUUCCAUGGGACAUGUAGUAGCUGCCUGGUGGGUGAGUGGCUGCUCUGUUCCAGCAGCCGCAAUGGGAGAGAGGGGAGGAGGGCGGCUGGGGAGGAGGGCGGCUGGGGAAAGGAGGGCGGCUGGGGAGGAGGGCGGCUGGGAAGGAGGGCGGGUGGGGGAACUGGGCGCCACACAGCCACAAAGAACAGACAGUACUGGACUGAACUUUCUCCCUCUCGUCUCCUCUCUCUCUCUCUCCUCUCUCUCUCUCUCUCUCCUCCUCUCUCCUCUCUCUCUUCUUUUCCCUCUCUCUUCUCUCUCUCCUCUCUCUCCUCCUCCUCUCUCUCCCUUCUCUCCUCUCUCUCGCUCUCUCUCUUCUCUCCUCCCUCUCUCUCUCUCUCUCUCUCUCUCUCUCUCUCUCGUUGUCUGCACAGCCACAGAGUACAGCCAGUACUGGACUGAACAGGCAGGCUUUCCUCCCUCUCCUCUCCCUCCGCUGCCUGCUGCCUGACUGCUGCCUCUGCAGAACCUCACAUGGAGAAACAUGUGACGCUGCUGUCUCCAACAGAGGAACUGACUGUGCUGCAGACAGGCAGACAGACAGGCAGACAACAGACAGACAGACAGACAGGCAGACAGACAGACAGACAGACAGCCAGACAGACAGACAGACAGACAGGCAGACAGACAGACAGACAGACAGACAGGCAGACAGACAGACAGCAGGAUUGCUAAUGUGCUCUCCUGAAUCAAUGGAGAGAUUUAAAGAAGAUAUGCCUAAAACUACCACACAAACAAACAUACACAUGUACUCUCUCUCUGCACUUAGGGCCUGAUUCAGACUUGAGAUAAGUUGACUUAACAUGGACUUAAGUCAAAAAUGUGGACUGAAGUCCAUUCUAAGUCUACUUCUCAAGUCUGAAUCGAGCCCUUAGUAAAGGUUGAUGUUAAGUAGAAUAGGUCACAGCUGCAACUGUGGCUAUGUAUCAACAACAAUAGGUUCAUUGUUCAAAGAGAAAGUUACUUUUGAAUGCAGCACUCAUACCAUACCAACUCAACAGUUGGUUGGAGAGGAGAGGAGGGGAGAGGAGAGGAGGAGAGGAGGGGAGGGGAGAGGAGAGGAGAGGAGAGGAGAGGAGAGGAGAGGAGAGGAGAGGAGAGGAGAUGAGAAGGAUAGGGGACAGGUGAUUGCAUAACCUAGUUUACUCUACAGAGCUGCAGAUUGACUUGAUGUUGACUUGACUUCAGUUCCAGCCUGCACUGUAUUGUGGUGACUAUAGGCUAAUAGUGGACUAGUGUUUGGAAUGAUAAUUUACAGCAAUAUCAGUUCAUCUUUAGUGUCCCCUCACUGGACAAUUCGUUCGAUAUACACUAUAACAAGGAUCAUCAACUAGAUUCAGCCGCGUGACAAUUAUUUCUUGAACGGAUGGUCAGGGGACUGGAACAUAAUUACAAAUCAUUUGUAGACUGCAAAUUGACCGCAAGGCCAAACGAUAAGCAGUGUUCACCCGGGUUACUGGUCAGUCAGCUUCAAUGUUUUGAUCAAAUGGUUCACCUGGAUUCACCCGUCAGUCUAUGUCAUUCAAUGUUUUGUGCACUCAGUGUAUAUCUCUUUAUUAUGCGUGGGAAUACUUGGGAACAGAUUUCCAAAUUCGUCCCGCAGGCCGCCAGUUGGGGAACUCUGCACUAUACACUAUACACUACACACUAUACACUACAUACUAUACACUAUACACUAUACACUAUACACUGAUACAGUAUAAACUACACACUACACACUACACACUAUACACUAUACACUAUACACUAUAAACUACACACUAUACACUACACUAUAAACUACACACUAUACACUACACUAUACACUAUACACUACACACUACACACUAUACACUACACACUAUACACUAUACACUACACACUAUACACUAUACACUAUACACUAUACACUGAUACAGUAUAAACUACACACUACACACUAUACACUAUACACUACAUAUACACUACACACUAUACACUAUACACUACAUAUACACUACACACUAUACACUACACACUACACACUAUACACUAUACACUACACACUAUACACUAUAAACUACACACUAUACACUACACACUAUACACUAUACUAUACACUAUAAACUACACACUCUACACUAUACACUAUAAACUACACACUAUACACUAUACUAUACACUAUAAACUACACACUCUACACUAUACUAUACACUAUAAACUACACACUACACUAUACACUAUACACUAUAAACUACACUCUACACUAUACACUAUAAACUACACACUAUACACUAUACUAUACACUAUAAACUACACACUCUACACUAUACUAUACACUAUAAACUACACACUACACUAUACACUAUACACUAUAAACUACACACUAUACUAUACACUAUAAACUACACACUAUACACUAUAAACUACACACUAUACACUAUAAACUACACACUAUACACUAUACACUAUAAACUACACACUACACACUCUACACCCAGUGGUGACCCGCCUUUCGGUAUAUCUACCGUAGCUUUGAUUGGACUGAUCUUGUCAACAUCAUACUUUCAAAAUCUUAGCUAGCAAGCUAGACAAGCAGUCAUCAUGAAUCAAGUCGACAAUCUACUGGCAAAUCCUUUUCAAUCCUUGUCAUAUGAAGAGAAAUUAUUGAUAAAACAUAUCGGUGCUCAUCGGCCGUUGGACAUAAACAUUACACAACAAGUUGGAAAUCGCAAAUUCAACAAUGAGUGGUUUGGAAGGAAUCAGUGGCUAAUUGCAAGCAUUGCAAAGCAAUCACUAGCCUGCUAUCCAGUGGAGAGGGUGUGUGGUCCAAGUCUGGGUUUAAGGGUCUCUUUUCCAAGCUUAAAAGGAUAAACAUUCACUCGCAACACACCAGGGGCCAGAAAAGGUUGAAUACAUUGGCCAUGCUGUCAAUCUAGCAUGACUUCUGCCGCUUUCAAAACAACUGGAAACUGGGAAAUCUCAGUGAGUUCAAGACAACUGGGAAGUCAGAAAAAAACUAGCUUGGACUGGGAAAAUACAUUUUGAACGGUCAUCCAACUUCGAAUUCCAAGUCUGGAACUCUGGCCUCUUUCUAGAGCUCUGACCUGAAGAUCAUUGACGUCAUGAUUCAACCUUGGUUUUUUUUUCAGAGUUUCCAGUUGUCUUGAAAGCACCAUAAAUCCAGAGAAUUACAGACUUUGAUGACAACAUUUUCCCACAAGAAGGAUCGCCGCGCCACCUUCCUGUUCAAGUGAGCACAGCACAACAAGGUUGUAUUGUGUGCUGCUGCAUAAAUGAUGUAAUAUGCCAGGGAGAUAUGUAUACUGUAGCUAAGAAAGUAAUACUAAGUGUAUGUUGUGUAGUAAGCUGUUAGUAGCCCAUGUGCCUCACCCUAAUAAUUUGGUCCUUUUCCCCCCUCAUAAUUUAGCCUACUGUUCUGACUUGGUGGUGCACAUGUAGCCUAUAGCCUGUUUUAGAGAAAUGUAAUCAUUGAAUAUUGUAAGAGCUUUCAUUGUCUGCUUUUAUGCCCCCUUUAUUUGUCCUACGGUUCUGACUUUGGUGUACAGGGAGAACACUGUAAGAACGGCCCGUGUUCUGAAUUCUGUCGCUGUACAUUUCAAAAGUGCUGAACAAAUAGUUAUAUUGACUACGUCCAUUCUAGCUCACUCAUUAAUGUCUUAAUCGAAAUUACAGAUUGCCUCUUAUCUGCUCAUCGUUCCCUUAUGCAAUAGUUUGUACAUCUCAAGUGUCUGUAGAAACCACAUUUGUUAAAGCAAGUCAGCCAUAUCAGCAAUGUUUUUUAAAAAGGCAGUAAAUGAGGCUGAAUGAAUUGUUUUCGCUGCCAGACAAGGCUCCGCUGAUAGCCAGGUGUAGCGGUGGUAAGGAUUCACUCCAUGGUGCUGAAAAAGAAAGCUCUGCUGUUGGGACAGCUUUAUGGAGGCCCUGACAGUUUGUGGGCACCGUUUGUCACCAUUUUAGACAAUUAAGGUAUUGUUUAGUGUUGUGUAGUAGCUUUGCUGGCAUGCAUAAAAAUAAAAUUGGGAGAGUUUGACCCACCAACAUUUACAUGCUAAAAUCACCACUGUAUACACUAUACACUAUACACUAUACACUACAACCUACACUAUACACUACAAUUAAGGCCAGGAGGUUUUUCCUCACCAGGAGAAACUCUUGACCCAGAUC